AUGUAUACAAAAGUAAAUUUAAUAAAUAUAAGAAGAAUACACACAGGGCACGUAAAAAAGGUGCUAAACAGUAACAUAGGGGCACUGUGGAAAGUGUACGAAAAGAAGAUAGGAGACCAGAGAGAAAGAUGGGAUAGAAACAAUGUAGAAGUGAAGUACGAAAAGGAUAAAUUAACGAGAGAGCUGAUGGCGGCGAAAAGAGAGCUGCUAGGAGUGUUCAGUCUGAGGGAGGCGACACAAAUGUUGGAUUCCAACCAAGAAAACGAAAAGUACAACAGAGAGAAUGUGAACGAAGCGAGGAGAAUAUAUGGAAUAUUGAGGCCGGAAGCACAGUCGUUCUUCGAAACAGGAUUAUACGGGGAGAAUCAGCCAGUAUUUACAUCGUCAAGCUACACAUUGGCAGUGACGUCAAUUUUGAAUUCAAUGACCGAGGACCUGUACAAACUAUGCGAGUACUUGGGAAUAGAGGAUGGGCUACCAGAACGGAGCCACACCUCAUACAAAAAGAUAUUUGAAAGCCUAGAAAACUUUUUUAAGCUAAGGAGAGAUGGAAAUGACGCAGAUGAGUGGAUAAAGCGAGUUUGGGAGAAGUUAAGACCACAUCUAACAGAAGAACUGGAAGAGAUCACAAACGAAGAGAUGAGCACAUGGCUAAAAAGUCACCUGAGAAGAGUAGAAAACAAUAAAAAAUCGCAAGAAAAGGAUGAUAACGAAUGGUACGACUUUACGAGAGACAUUCUGUACGACUCAAUGCCGUAUUCGGAAAAGGUGGCAAUAGAAGAUAAGAUAGGAUAUCCACUAGAAGAAGCAUCAGAGUAUCUAUCGAGGUUAUUGUCACUAUUGAAGGACGGGAACGUGGAAAACCUAGACGAGUUGAUAGAGAGCUUAAAGGGUCUGGGUCUUAAAGAAUGGUUUAAGUUGAAGCCAAAUGAAAUAGAAGAGAGGCUGUUUGGAAGACCAGAGGAAGUGCCAGAUAAGUUGGAUUCGAAAAGGGAGGACAAGGAGCUGGGAUAUCUGCUAAUAGAAACAGUUUCGAGGAACAUGGAGCACCUGUUGGACAUAGAGAGCUAUUCACCAAGGUCAAUACUAUCCACAAUAUCGAAAAACUUGAAAACAAGUUUAUUUGAGGCGAGUGAAAAUAAAUGGUUGCCCAGCCAGUAUAUAAAGGAGAUAAUAGAAAGAGUGUGCAACAAUAGAAGUGAUGAAGUUGAAUUGAAAGAGUAUGUGGAAACGCCACUAAAACAAAUGUUGUUGAGUGAUUACAAAUAUAGUCAGCAAAUAGGACCGAUAAUAAUGACUAAACAGUCAAAUAGAAAAAAUUGGAAAUGGGUAGCACCAAGUGUGGAUGGCAUAUUUGACACAAACAGGAAUAUGUAUAUUAGAAAUAAAAGUAACUUGGACCCACAAAUGAGACUGGAUAACCUAAAAAGUUACAUAGUAUCAAGAAGGAGAAUGAGAAGUAUGACAAAGGAGGGAAGAGUGUAUUUCAUAAGAGUGGUGGUAGCAAUAGGGGACGGUAACGGAUAUUUUGGAAUGGGAAUAGGAUACGGAAACGACAUCAACUCGGCGAAAAACUCAGGAAUAGAAAACGGAUUGAAGAACAUGUACUUCAUAGACUACGAUCCAUUUGAAAGUUUAACGACGCCAGUGCAAGGAAAGGAAUAUGGAUCAAGGUGCGUGAUUGAAGGAAGAGAGAUGAGUAAAGGAGUUAAGAGUAACAGGAAGUUCCUGCCACUAGUGUACCUGAUGGGACUGGACAACGUAAAGUUUAAACUCAGAGGAACUAAUUCAUGGGUGACGAGAAUAAGGUCAAUAAGAAAAGCGUUGGAGGCAAUCAUGUCGAGAAGAACAAUAGGAAGAAUGCUGGGAAAGAGGUACGCAGAAGUGUCAGCACCAGGAGACGACACAAUACACUGGUCAGACGAGUGGUUUAACCCAAUACUGAAGGAGUACCAAAGUAAAAUUAAUAAGCUGAAAAGAAUGAGGUUCAAGUUCAGCAGAAAAAACAGAUACAAGUACAACAUACUGGUGCCGUCGGACGUGAAGUCAGUAGUGCCAAGUUACAACAGAAGAAUGAUGAACAAAGCACUAAAAACAGAAAAAGAGUGA